AUGGAACGUGAUGGAAACGUAUCGGGUUCGCCAUCCGGUGGCUGGCGCUUUGCCCAGUGUUUUGGUGAUAAGGGCGACAUUGACGAUAUUACCGAGGCUGAUAUUAUUUCCACUGUCGAAUUCGAUCCAACCGGCAACUACCUCGCUACAGGCGAUAAAGGUGGACGCGUCGUAAUGUUCGAGCGGAGUGAUUUGAUGAAUGGCGGUAGCGGCAGCAAGCAGGGCUGUGAGUAUCGCUUUCACACCGAAUUUCAAUCACAUGAGCCAGAGUUCGAUUAUCUGAAAUCGCUUGAAAUUGAAGAAAAAAUCAAUCAGAUCUGCUGGUGCAAGCGACAAAAUGCUGCCCACAUGCUGCUUAGUACCAAUGACAAAACUAUCAAGUUAUGGAAAGUGUUCGAUAAACCGCUCAAUGCCGUGGCGGAAGGAAGUCUUGCGACUGGAGAAGACCCUGCAGCGGUCCUCAUGUCGUCUUCAGCGCAUUCCGAGUCGCCUGCUAACGGCACGUUGCAUCCUAGUUUGCUCAAACUCGGAGCACAAAACACCAGUGGACUAAUUGCACCAAUAAUUUCACCAGCACAGUCUCGACUCUUGCGUAUGCCGCGCCUCGUGUAUCACGACACUAUCGUUGCGGCUGUGCCGCGCAAAAUUUACGCCAAUGCACAUGCUUACCAUAUCAAUUCUCUGUCCGUAAAUUCGGAUGGCGAGACGUAUAUAAGUGCUGACGAUCUGCGCAUCAAUCUUUGGAACUUGGGCAUUAGUGAUCAGAGCUUCAACAUUGUUGAUAUCAAGCCUGUGAAUAUGGAGGAGCUCACUGAAGUAAUCACUGCUGCGCAGUUCCACCCGAUCAACUGCAACGAGCUUGCGUACUCGAGCUCAAAAGGCACAAUCAAACUUGCUGACAUGCGUGAGUCAGCCUUGUGUGACCGGCACGCGAAGCUAUUUGAAGAAGAAGAGGACCAAGCAAACCGUUCGUUCUUCAGUGAGAUUAUAAGCAGUAUAUCAGACGUGCGAUUUAGCCAUGAUGGCAGGUACCUCUUGUCGCGCGACUACUUAUCGCUCAAAGUCUGGGAUGUGAACAUGGAGUCGCGGCCAUUGGCUACGAUGCCGAUACACGAUUAUCUCCGUCCACGACUAUGUGACCUAUAUGAAAACGACUGCAUCUUCGACAAGUUCGAGGGCAUAUGGGGUCCCAACAACUCGACUGUCUUGACUGGCAGCUACAGUAACUACUUCCACCUUGUGGAUUGGGAGCGUGACUCUAGUGUAGUGUUACAGGCAGACAAGUCGGCGUUCAAGUCCCGAAAACUCGCGGCUAUGCACAAGCCCGGAACACGAGGCUUUGGCCCAUCGCAUAUCAACUCCAACAAUGUGGACUUUAACAAGAAGAUUUUGCAUGCCAGCUACCAUCCAAAAGAAGACACCAUUGCAAUUGCAGCGACUAACAACCUGUUCAUUUUCUCUGCGAACCAUCCUGCUCCAUCCGCUAUCGCUUAG